AGGACGUAGAGCCAAUCAGCGGAGGCGUUGCUUUUGCGGCUCCACGUCGGCACCAGCUGCGGGGCAAGAUGGAGGCGCUGAUUUUGGAACCCUCCCUGUAUACUGUCAAAGCCAUCCUGAUUCUGGACAAUGAUGGAGAUCGACUUUUUGCCAAGUACUAUGAUGACACCUACCCCAGUGUCAAGGAGCAAAAGGCAUUUGAGAAGAACAUUUUCAACAAGACCCAUCGGACUGACAGUGAAAUUGCUCUCUUGGAAGGCCUGACAGUGGUAUACAAAAGCAGUAUUGAUCUCUAUUUCUAUGUGAUUGGCAGCUCCUAUGAAAAUGAGCUGAUGCUUAUGGCUGUUCUGAACUGUCUCUUCGACUCACUGAGCCAGAUGCUGAGGAAAAAUGUAGAAAAACGAGCUCUGCUGGAGAACAUGGAGGGUCUCUUCUUGGCUGUGGAUGAAAUCGUAGAUGGAGGAGUGAUCCUAGAAAGUGAUCCCCAGCAAGUGGUACACCGGGUGGCAUUAAGGGGUGAAGAUGUCCCCCUCACGGAGCAGACUGUGUCUCAGGUGCUGCAGUCAGCCAAAGAACAGAUCAAGUGGUCACUCCUUCGGUGAAGACCUCACUGUUCCUGGCUCCUCAACCGCCUAAAAAAAAAGCCACGUCUGCUGUGAAUUCUCAUCCAGUCCCCCAACUGAUACUCUCAGGGCCAUCUUAGGGAUCAUAGGGAUCCUUAAAUCUCCAUCCUGUCUGUGGUGGUCCCCUCCCAACCCCUAAACUCCCUACACACUUCCCAUUCCUUCUCACUCUUUGCAGUACUGGGAGUAAAGCUCCCAGCAGGCUUGGAUACAGGGCAGGGGAAGCACCCUCUUCCUAUCUAGGCUGGAUCAUGCUCCCAUGCUCUCCUACCCCCUUAUUUUCUCCUUGACUUCUGUGCUCUUUGCUAUAGCUACACUUCAGAUCAAAGCAGGAGAAAGAAUGUGCUGAGUGUUUUCCUGCCUUUGCCUUUGCCCAGCCAUCAUCCCAAGAGCCCAUAUGUCCAGCAAGGGGAGGGAGAGAGAAUUCUUUUUUAUAGAAUGAGUGGGGGUGGGGAUGAAUAGGGAUGUAUCCAGUAUCAGCCGCAGCCCCCGUUACGGGCCUCAGCAUUUUCUCCUAUUCCUUCUUACUGACCUGUCUUCCACCUUGGAAAAGAGAUUGGGAAUAGCUUAUAGGGAGGGGACAGAGUGAGAGAAACAGUGAUUUAAAUUUUAUUGGAUAGACUUUAUAAAUUCAUUCCUCUAUCCUCAUGCUGGCAAAUAGCUUCAAAACUGCUGUGGUGAGUGUCCAUCUCUUGGUCGGCUACCUCAUGGGAUCUUUGCAUGGUUCGUCCUCUCUGUGUCCCGGAGCAAAGCCAGUCCCUGGGACUAAAAUUCCAUUUUAAUCUUGGGAAGAAAAGUUUCUGCUCAGAACUGGAGAAAGUGGAAUUUAUGACUUGGGCCUCUAGGCUCUGUUGGUUCCCUCGGCUCCCCCACAUGCAUUUACUCCUUUGCCUUGGGUCUGCAAUCUGCUGCUUAACCCUGUCCUCUCUCUGCCUCAACCUUACAUCCAAGUAGUGGGUCUGGGCUGUACCCCCUAGGUUGCUGAGAGUGCCGCCUUUCUUCAUAAAACCUUUGGGAUUUGGAUUUCCCCAGGAAGAUGGAGAAUGGAAUACCCACUCUUGUGUCUAAUCUUUCCCCUGGACCCAAAACUUCCUCCCCACAAAAAUGUCUUAACCUUCCUGAGAUUUAAGCAUUCUACCCCACCCACUAACUGCCAGUUCUUUAACACUGAAGUGGGGUAGACAACUGGGCAUACUUAAGGGGGCAUCUUUGUGUAAGAGAUGUAUGGAGCCAGGAGAUAGCCACCCUCCUAUACUGCUCUGUGCAAAAAGGAAUAAAACAGAUUUCUUUUUCCAAA